AUGGCAGACCCUAGCGCCCCUACUGUAUCUCUCCCACAAGGUCAAUUCAUUGGAACUCGACAGGAGGAGACAACCCCACAGCCCGUGGACGCGUUCCUGGGAGUUCCCUACGCUCUUCCACCCACUGGCGAAAGACGAUUCAAACCAGCAGAGAAGGUCUACAACUCCACUAAUACAUUUGAUGCAUCGAAAUUCGGUCCCGCAGCUCCAGGCAAGGCAUUGAUUACCAGUGGCCCAAAACUCGAUCAAAGUGAGGAUUGUUUGACUGCCAACAUCUUUCGGCCUGCUGGAACUACUGAAUCGGAUAGGCUACCCGUGGCAAUUUAUCUCCAUGGCGGUGCUUUCAAUCGUGGGUCGGCUUCGAUGCACAACACUGCGUCUAUGGUCGCUUGGUCUGAAGCGCCUUUCAUUGGGGUGAGCUUCGGCUAUCGCGUUGGCGCUCUGGGGUUUUUGCCCUCCACCCUCUCCAAGAAAGAAGGAGUUCUCAAUCUUGGACUUCGUGAUCAGGUGCACUUGUUUCAAUGGGUACAUGAGAAUAUUGUGAAGUUUGGAGGCAAUGCUGAGAAUAUCACGUUGUUCGGUCUAUCAGCAGGAGGACACUCGAUCGGCCAUCAUAUUUUGAACCAUAGCCAGCAAUCGUCACCUUUGUUUCAUCGCGCCAUCAUAGAAUCUGGCUCACCGACAUCUCGUGCCGUCCGUCCUUAUAACGCGACAGUUCAUGAGAGUCAAUUCCAGGAUUUCCUCAAAGAAGUCGGCUGCCCAUCUGACAUGCCUGAAAACGAUAUUUUCCCCUUUCUACGGUCCCUUCCCAGUUCGAUCAUCACAGAUGCGCAAACGAAAGUAUUCGAUAAGUACAACCCGUCGCUACGAUGGGCUUUUCAGCCUGUGAUUGAUGACGACCUCAUUUCCCGAAAGCCAUUGGAUGCCUGGAACUCCGGUUUAUGGAACAAGGUGCCAAUUAUGACUGGAUACAACAGCAACGAGGGAACAUUUUACGUGGAUAAGAAAAUGUCAAGCCCAGCUCAAUUCCGAGAUUUCUGGAAGAAUCUCCUCCCAGAGCUAUCGUCAACUGAUUUGGACACAAUCGACCACUUGUAUCCUGAUCCAGCCUCUGACGCCAGCUCACCAUAUAAGGAAACCAGAGCCGGGCAUGGCCUUGGACCACAAUACAAGCGAAUCGAGGCUGCAUAUGGUCAUUAUGCUUACGUUGCACCCGUGCGUCAAACGGCGCAAUUUGCCUCGUCUCAAGGUUCACCAGUCUUUCUAUACAAUUGGGCACUUCCUAGAACUGUUGUUGGUCGGGCAAACCAUGGUGAUAACAUGUUCUAUGAGACAUAUAAUAGUGCUAUCACAGGCUUGUCAGAGUCGCAGAAAGAAUUGUCUGGUACGCUUCAUGCGUAUGUGACUAGCUUCAUCACGACGGGUGAUCCGAAUGCUAUCUCGGGUCGUUAUAGUCAUCGGCCAGAAUGGAAGCCAUAUGAGCCCAGCGAUGCACAAGUCCUGAUCUUCGGAGAGGGGAACAAAGAGCUCAUUGGGGGUCCCACUGCACCUGCUGCUAAGUUUGUCAAGGACGACUGGGCGAAGGAGCAGACGGAAUUCUGGUGGUCGAAGGUUCCAAUUUCGCAACUUGCCUGA